AGACGUUCAAGGCUCAAUGUCUGGCUUGAGGGUUUCAGGGCCUUCAAGUCAUGCCGCUUGUGUGGCUUCUGCUGGCCUUGUCGGGCGUAUCCGCCCUCAAGGUGGUACCUGGAAAUGAAGUUUCUGCUGGCCCCCUCCUGAAGGCAUUGUCUGCAGGAGACAGAAGGGCAAUGGCCGGCGUGUUGGUUGAGCUCCCCGACCUACCUUUGGCCUUGGCCAUGGUGACAGCAGGUGGCGGCCCGGAACCAGCAGCAGUGCAGAAGUGGCUCUCCGGUGGCCCUUUCCCUUCCCAGUCCAGGUCUGACCUGGCCGACCAGUCCGCCCACCUGGCCGACCUGGAGCGCUUCAAAGCGCUGGUGCGGCAGACCAGAGACUCCCUCCCUUCCUUGGCAAGGCUGUCUCUGUCCAGCAUCCAGCGCAGUGGGGACCAGCAUGUGGUCCAUGCCUUGCGCGGACUGCAGGUUUUGGGCUACGACAUCCGACAGCUGAAGGGAUGGCUGGAUGGCAAAAGUGGGCUAGGACGAGCAGAUACCGACCAUGCGGUGGGCGUGUUGUCGGACUUUGCCCAGCUCACCCGGGCAGCUCAAGGACGAAACUUGCAACAGGCCAAGGACGUGCUUACUGGGAUUGUCCGCGCAGGUGGCAAGAAUCGUAUGGAGGAGGUUCUGGGUUGCUUCUCUGCCACUGGGGACUACCAGACCCUUCUGCAGUGGGUGGCGGGAGAUGCGGGAGCAACGGGAGCAACGGGAGCAACGGGAGCAAGAGCAGAUGAGUCUUUUGCAUCUUUGGUGCGUGGACUCGAAGGUGGGGACCGUGGAGCCGUGAUGCACGCCUUCGCUGAGAUGCUGCGAGCUGGUGGCAAGGCAUCCUUGUCGACGAACUUGGCCAAGCUCCAGAAAUUGGGAUACGACAUUGAUGCUGUCAAGCGGUGGUACAAGUCUGAGGGUGAGACACUAGCACCGACUCCGACAAGAGCAGCGCACGCCAGCACGGUGUCCAAGCAAGCGCGCCCAGACCAAGAUGAUGCCAAGCUGCUGCUGCACAUGGUCCAAGCAGAAAAUGCGAAAGGAUUGAAAGCCACCAUCUCCAACCUCUUUAAGCAUGGGGGUGAGCCUCGCAUUGAAUCAGCGCUGGCUAGUCUGCAGUCUUGGGGAUAUGACCCCCAAGAUGUGCAGCUGCUUGCUGCUGGCAAGCCGUUACGGAAAAAGCCGAUCCAGACCACCUUGCCCGGCAAUACACUUGGAAGCUUGGCACGCCGCGACAGCCACUACCUCAGCAAGAGAGAGAGCAGCAAUGUCAGCAUGCAGCCAGGUAGCCGGAUGAGCACUUCACAGAAGCCAGAAGUGAUCAACAAGUCCUGGCCAACGGAUCAUGCCCACAGCCCGCAGAACAUGAGCGACUCUGAGAUGCUGAUGCUCUUCCUGCACAGCGCCAAGAGAGACGAUGCCACACAUUUCAUGAUCCACAUGUUUCAGGCUGGUGGGGCGGCCAGGGUUGAGGAGGCCUUGGCUGGCGUGACACGCUGGGGAUAUGAUCCUGAGCGCUUCCAGGAUUGGAUCGCUGGCGGCCUGGAAAAGCUGGUCUCGGCUGUCAGUCCAAAAAGGCCUCUCGCCAGAACGGAUGCCAAGGCCGAGUUACCGGCAGAAGACCUCGAGCGCGCCCAGCUUCUGGAAAGCGUGAAGCUUGAGCACAGAGAGGAGGCCUUAAAAGAGCUGGCCGGCAUGCUGAAGCACGGGGGCCAGCCUGAAGUUGACGAGGCCUUCCGCGAGCUGCAGUCAGCUGGCUAUGACUCGGCAGUCGUAGAGGGCUGGUUGUCAGGCAAGGGUUCCCUUCCGAUCGAGAAAGCUGAGGCAGUGUCCACCGAGGCGGUGAGACUAGUUGGCGUGCACGACCUCCAUGUCACAGUGACCAAGUCUGAGCAGGAGCAUCACACAUCUCCAGUGCUGCCACCGCCCAUGCGAAUGUGAGGUGCGAGUUUCGCCUGAGGACGAAAUAAGUUCGCAGAUGUUCCUGGACUGUUUGCUUGCCC